AUGACCGGACGCAAGGCAAAGCAGGCCGAGGAAGUUGCCAACAUUCCGCCCCAGAUUUCUGACCUUCACUGCUUCACCGAAACUGAAGGGGUCAUUACGACGACUAUGAUGGAUCUCCCCGGAUACCGAAUUGUUCAAGUCCUCGGCGCCGUCUAUGGAAUUACUGUCCGCAGUCGGAACAUCGCGGCCAGUCUUGGCAUGGUGUUCAAGAGCUUUGCCGGUGGCGAACUUCAAUGGUUCACGUCGAUGCUGAACUCAUGCCGAAACGACUCUAUAGGCCGCGUGGUGGAAGAGUGCAAGCGCCGGGGUGGGAAUGCCAUCAUUUGCUUGCGAUUCGACGCCGGUGACAUGGGCGGGUUCGCGCAGACAGCAGCAUAUGGCACGGCGUGUGUUGUGGAGAAGAUUGACGACCAGGUCAGAUCGCCACCCCAGCUGGGUGGUCUCGAGGCGACAUCGACAUAG